AUGCCUCCAACAACCUCGGCCCCCAAAGACAGCACGCCUGACGCCACGGUCGCAACCGCCAAUGUACCCAACGUUGAGGUGCACCAGCCACAAAAUACUUUGGACGAAGUUCUCGGACCCAUGGUAGACCACGCUCCCGAAGGCCCGGAUCAGACACUACCACCUCCGCCUCCAUGGCUUGCGGCAUAUCUAGCCACCGUCGAAGAAUUUGCAAUUCAACAACCCCAGACGUCGCUGCCGCCCCCUCCUCAAGGAUUCGUGGCUGUGCUAGCCUUUAUGGGCAACUACUUAGCGCCCCCGAACCAGACGCUGCUACCCGAAGAAGUUGCUGCGUAUCUGGCCAACGCCGGCCAUCACUCUUUCCCCCCUGUCUUUGCACACCAACCGGUUGCAAAUCAGAAUUCGACCAUGUCUUCGCCCGAGGCCACUACCGCGCAGACACUCAGUGUUGGUUACUCGUCGGUCGCGUCUCCAUCUACCACUCAAUUCGCCACUACCUCAUCACCUGCUGCCCAAUCUGAUCCGAACCAGAACCUACUUGUCGCAACGAAUACAGCGAUUCAGCUUCAGAGUGAUAACGACGACAACAGCAACUCGGAGGAGUUCACGGCUGCGUUGCCUCACGAAGAACUUCCAAGCCCUUCGAUGUCUGAGUUGGCAGACUCGGACAUUGGUGAAGAUAUGCCUGGUUUGGAAGAUUUAAACAUCGGUGAAGAUAUGCCCGUUUCUGAUCUAACGCAGUAUUAUUCUAUCUUGAAUCCGGUUCUAACCAAUGGCGGGCCGAACGCUGCAUCGAACUACGCAGGACCUUCAGUCUCCUUUCUAGCCGCCUUGAGUGCAGCUGUUGAGCCUACAUCUCCCUGGCCAGGAUGGCCUUCGCCUAUGGCGGUCCCUCCACCUCUUGCCUCGCUCUAUGGAUCAAGCUGGUUGCGCAAUGUUCGCCCUCCCCUCGACGCCGUCGCCUUCGUCAAUGCUCUCGAACAGGUCGAUAUAUCCACUAUCGCUGCCGACGACAUGAAAUGUCCGCACUGCUGGCUCCCCUUCGGUACGACUGAUGAUGAUGACCCAUCCUACACUUACUCGCCCGACCCUCAAGAAGACCCUGCGGUUUCUGCGCAUAUGCUUGCGUUUAGAGACCUACCGCAUUGUGAGAUGGCCAAUAACGACCCUGUGAAGACACCAUGCGGCCAUUUGUUCGGAAAGAGCUGCUUGAUUGAGAUCCUAGAGAGGAUGGACUCCAUCUGCCCUAUGUGUAGGCAAGAUUUGCGUAAGAAGGCUUAG